GUCCAAGCCCCCUUGCCUUCUUUCUCAGCUCACCUCUCUCUUUCACGCACGCCUCUCUCUCUCUCUCUCUCUCUCUCUCUCUCUCUCUCUCUCUCUCUCUCUCUCUCUCUCUCUCUCUCUCUCUCUCUCUCCUUAUCUGUCCUGAGGCAGCCAUUUCCUCUUCCGAUCGUGGAGAGGCUUGGAGUGGAAGGAGGCUGCUGGUUUUCGGCACGGCGGAGAUGUCUGAGGUGUCGGUGAUAAACCAGGCGGAGGUGGAGGACGCGGGCGCCGGGCAGCUGAUGGACCUGCCGCCGGGCUUCCGCUUCCACCCCACCGACGAGGAGAUCAUCUCGCACUACCUCACCCACAAGGCCCUCGACCACCGCUUCGUCUCCGGCGUCAUCGGCGAGGUCGACCUCAACAGGAUCGAGCCAUGGGACCUGCCAGGCAGGGCCAAGAUGGGGGAGAAGGAGUGGUACUUCUUCUGCCACAAGGAUCGCAAGUACCCGACGGGCACGCGGACCAACCGCGCCACGGAGACCGGCUACUGGAAGGCCACCGGCAAGGACAAGGAGAUCUUCAGGGGCCGCGGCGUCCUCGUGGGCAUGAAGAAGACGCUCGUCUUCUACCGCGGCCGCGCGCCGCGCGGGGAGAAGACCGGAUGGGUCAUGCACGAGUUCCGCCUCGAGGGCAGGCUUCCCCAGCCGCUCCCGCGCUCCGCCAAGGACGAGUGGGCCGUGUGCAAGGUGUUCAACAAGGAGCUGCAGGCGGCGAGGAGCGAGCCAUUAUUGGCGGCGGCCGGCGCGGCGGAGCUCGAGCGCGUGGGCUCGCUGGGCUUCCUCAACGAGCUCCUCGACUCCGCGGAGCUGCCGGCCCUCGUCGGAGCCGACGUGGACGAGGUGAUCGACUUCAAGGGCCCCGCCCCCGCGUCCGUUCCGGACGCGAGCUACCUCCCGGUCAAGAUGGAGGAGCACGCGCUGCUGCAGAUGCAGCAGUGCCAGUACCAGCCGCCGCCCCCGAUGUUCUACCCGAGCCAGUACUUCUCUCUUCCGGCGAUGAACUCCGGCCACCUCCCCCCGGCGAUCCGGAGGUACUGCAAGGCGGAGCAGCAGGUGGUCUCGGCGCAGACGGCGUCGGUGAUCAGCCCGUCCCGCGAGACCGGGCUCAGCACCGACCCCAACGCGGCGGGCGGCUACGCGGAGAUCUCGUCGGCGGCGACCCCGUCGUCGUCGCACCAGUUCCUGCCCGAGCUCGACGACCCGGCCCUCAACCUCGCCGACCUCUGGAAGUACUGAAGCCUGGGCGACGAUCGACCGGUGGCUGGGCCGCCCACCCGCCCCGGUCACGUGGUCUGGUUGGUUAAUUUGCUUGAUUUGAUUGAUUAUCUUGGUCUCUUGUGGGAUCUGGGGUUGGUGACCGGUUCGCUGAUGCGUCCUCGUUCGUCACCUCCGCCAGGUCCGGCCUCUACUGACCUCGGGUCUGACUAGAUUAUUAUCCGUCCAGACCGCCAGGGGAUUAGGGCUUCCUUGUUAAUUAAUUAAUCCUAGGUUCCUUUGUAUUGGUCUCUGUACAUAGUACUGGUACCCUACUCUGAUUGUGUCAUUAGCAGUAGCAUGAUUACUGAUAGGAUUAAUGAAAUGGGGGUAGAUUAAGGGGGCCUGCAUCUGCGUCAGCAAUGCAGUGCGUGGGGGGUUUUACGGGUUGAUUAGUUAAUUUGGGCGCUUGGUGAGCCAGCUAGCGCUAGCUUCAUAUGUACAUGUACUGCCAUUAAUUGCUGCUUGAGCUCGACAUACCAUUAUGUGAAUUUGAUGCUUCAGUUAAGCUCUCG